UACUUCUUUCUUGCACCUCCAUCCAUGGCCUACAUCCCUCCCCAUAAGCGACAUUCCCUCGACUCCUGCAACCGCCCGCUUUCUCCGGCACCUCCCCCCUCCUCUAUCCUCCCCAGUUUCUCCAAAGCCCUUUCUCUAAGCAACCACAAGUCCAACAAGGACCCCGUGAUGGCGCUAAGAUCAUCUACGCACCCAGCUCCAUCUCCCGCUGGUUCCCCUCCGGAGAUCCUGCUAACCCUUCCCUGCGCCUUGAACCUGUUGAUCGGAUUUGGCGGCAAGUCUUUCCUCCUCACCGGCUGUGGUGUUGAUCCCCAAGAAGAAAGCCCAUGGAUUUCGAUUGCUGAGAGGAUUGAACAGGAUUUGGUGGCUGCCGCCAUGAGUGCGAGGGUUGGAAUGGAGUCGAAGACAGAGAGGGUGAGGUUUUCGUUCCUGGCUCGGAUUGGCAAAGUCUUCCUUCAUGGCUCUUCAGUUUCACUAAAGUCUGUCAGGAAAGCUGCAGCUACGGAAUCAGAUUCCAGGAACCAAGUGUAUAAGUCCUUUAACACAAGUGUUCCCAUUGAAUACAUGGAAACAAUCCAGCAGAUCGUUGUUCCAAAAAUUGGGCUUGAAAUUGAUUCAAAGAAAGAACAUUACUAUGUUAAGGUUUAUGAUAAAGAUCGACCUGGUUCACUUAUUUCAUGCAAGUGCACAAUUGGUAAUGGUGGGGAACUCGAAAUCAGAAAGAUUGAACUGAAUGAUGUCCUGCACCUGGUAGUCGAUGUCUCAUGCCUCUGCAAGGAUAUGGAUCUUAGGUUGAUGCUGCUAACUAAAAAGGUUUUGAAAUCUGUCAAUGAUGAGGAAGAAGGUGGCAUAAAUAAACUAAUAAAAUCAGCUAUAGUUGAUCCAAAUGUAAAAGGGGGACUGAGAUGGCCUCUUGGAAAGGAGUGUUUGGCCGAGAGAUUCAGUGUAGUUGGAGUCUGGCAUACCAAAUAUGAAUUAUUCAGAGGUCGGUCAAUGAAACUUAGGUUGAGACAUGCUAACCGUUAUGAUUAUAAAACUUCAGCAGGAGAAGUUUCUGAGGAGGUUAUACUAAAACUAACUGGUAUAUCAAAGCUGCUUAAAGAAAAGGAUAUGAUAUCCGAUUCUCUCAGAGAGAUGAUGCAGGAGGCUGUAAAACUAAUCUGGCUAAAUUUUCUUAAGUUCUAAUCAGAGGUACACACAAUGGUAUUUGUUUUUAUUUUGUUUUGUAUGCUUUUUUCACAUGAUGAAAGGGCUAGUUUUUGUAUACUCUUGGAAAGAAAGUAGAUUGUCCUAUAUAUCCCUUGAAAAAUUUGAUGUUUUCUUUUGCCCUCUUUUGCUCACCUGUCAUAUAUGUAUGACAAAUAAUUGGAAUGUGUUAGUCUACUCAAAUUGAUUUAAGAACCUCAAUUAUUUUCCUUUUUUUGUGCAUAUAAAAGUGCAUUAAAAUUAUUUUUUAAAAACAUAGUUUAGUUGGUAUAUAUUUAAUCAUAAAGCCCUUAAUUCCGCAAACAUAAGAUAAACUAGUGAAGAAUAGAGGAUCAUGGUGGGAUAAAUUGAGUUAAACUGCGUUUCGGAUCAGAACUAGUGGACAUUUUUGGCUUGACCUCAAAUUUAUUUAACUGAGAAUAAAAUUAAAUAUUUUUUUAACUUAAAAUUUUUAUUUUCUUUUAUUUUAAAGUGAAUAAACCACUUAAAGUGAAAAAAAAAGAGUACAAAACAAAAGAGAUAGAAUAUAGAGUGCUACAAACAAUAUAGAUAGCAAAUACAGACAUAUACAGACAAUAUAG